AUGUGUCCCCUGCAGCGUCCCCGGCCAUCUCCUCCGGCCGAUGCCAGCAUCUGUCUUCCGGGUUCCAUUCCCUGUGAGCGUUGGGAUGUAUGGGACGUACAGGGGGACGGAACUGGCGGGAAAUUAAAACAUUUUAAAAAAAUCACAUAGUAAAACAUUGCUGUUUCAAAGCAUUUCACAUACAUUUUGUCCCGAGUGCUUUGUCCUGUGCCCUGCCUGCAUUUUUACUGUUCUUUCUGCCUGGAAACUGAUAAAAGUCCAUGGCAAUCAAAAAGUGUCCCUUUAGGUCAAAAGCGGUUUUAGACCAGCUAGAGAACAGCGAUAGUAAAUUAGAACCACUUGCAGAAUUGA